AUGGGAACUACGGCAUUGAAUGGAGAUAGGUUGGUGCCAGAGUUAGAUUUUGGAAAGGUAGAAAUUCCAAAAAUUGUCAAAAGUGUUGCCCAAAACAAUGACAACAAAAGAGCUAUGGAAACAAGCUCCAAGCUAAGCACACUUCAUCAUGACCAUGACUAUGAAGUUGAACAGAAGCGUUUGUCAGACAAUGUUGGGCUAAAUUUUAAAAGAAAAUUGGAAUGUCAGGAGACACAUGAAACGCCGCCUGUGUCAACCGGUGCCAACGUAGAAAAUGAUUUUUUUUCGGUAUACCCAACAAAUGGUUAUUUAGAAGUGGAAAUGAACCCGUCCACUGUUGAUAAUAGGGAUGAUGUUCCAAAAACCCAGGAACCAUAUCAUAACAGUCACUCUUUUAGCCAUAGAAAGUCGAACUGGUUUUGCAAUCGAGGUUUUCCUAGCCCGUCAAAACGUAAUCUCCGCUCAAAAAAAUUAUUCAGAAAUGUUGAAAUCCAAAGUUAUACAGAAUUAUCUCCAUCUACCCCAGAAGACCCUUUUCAUGCAUCGUCCGGUGAAGAUUCUCUGUUUUGUCCCGGCAGUGACGAAGAAAGUUGUUCCGAUGACGAUGUGACUCCGAAAAAGCCUGGGAAGCUUGGUAGGAACAGGAACCCUAUUAGGGGUAAAAUAUCUACUGAAAAUAUCAAUGCGGUCGCAUCAACUGUGGAGUCUGAUAGAGCUGAAGAUAGCGAUUACGAUUUAAAUUUACCAAGUACUUCAAGAAGUACAAAUCUCGUUGCUACUAAUUCGCUGGAUAGAGUCGAAGAUAUCGAUCACGAUCUAAAUUUACCGCGUAAAUCAGGUUGUACAAAGCUCAUUGCUACUAAGGCGCCAUAUAAGAGAAAACCAGAUCAUUGCUAUUAUUGCGAAACUAAGGUUCUCAAUUUUAGUCGUCAUGUGUUAAGAAACCAUUCAAACGAAAAUGACGUAGCAAAAAUUUUAGCAAAACCAAUCAAAAGUAGAGAAAGAAAAAAGCUAUUCAAUCUCCUUAGAAGAAAGGGAAAUUUUUUGGCCGACGGAGGAGAUUGUUUCAAACCAGUUAGAGAGGGUUAUGUACCAGAAAGAGAUAAACUACCUUGUGACAAUUGCUUGGGGCACUUUUCAUCAAAGCUUUUAUACAGGCAUAAAAAAAAAUGUAAACAGGGGAAUGCAGGUGACUCUCAAAAUGUAAAACAGUUAAAAAUGUUUUAUAAUGGUAAAGUAGAUCGUCGACUAAAGGAGGAAGUGUUUCCCCAUAUGAGAGCGGACAAGUUAUCUUUGGAAGCUCAAAAGGAUCCACUUAUUUGCGAAUACGGAGCUAGAUACUUGAAAACACACCGAGAAAAACAUUUUAUUUACGUAACAUCUCGCAAAAUGAGAGAACUUUCCAAAAUCCUUUUGGAAAUGAGAAAACUGGAACCAUCUAUAACUACAUUUAUUUCAGCCUUGAAGCCAAACUAUUUCGACAUUUUUGUGGAAGCCACAAAACGUAUUGCCAAAUAUGAUUCUGAACAGGAUGUUUAUUUUUCACCAACUUUUGCCAUGAAUAUUGUAAGAUCUUUGAAACAGUGUUGCGACAUUGCAAUUACUUUUAUCUACACCAAAAAUGUUGCACACACUUUGUCUGCUGCAGGAAUAGAGGCGGACCUGAAAACCUUGAUUCGCCUUUUUGAAACUAAGUGGAGUUGUGAGGUAUCUUCACAAGCGGCCAACAACCUUAACCUCAACAAAUGGAAUAAAGUAACCAUUGUUCCUCUUGCUAGUGAUUUACGUUUAUUGAGGCAACAUCUCAUCAAAUUAGCUGGGGAGUCCUUGCAAGUCCUUAUCAAAGAAGUUGAAAGUGCAAAGGUCAUGCAAGUAGACGAUACCGAGCAUAAACUUAACAUGAAAAACCCUAAAACGAUUCAAGCAUUUAAUAUUCUAAUGGAAACUAUCUACUGUAGAGUCAUUUUAUUGAAUAGAAAACGUUCCGGAGAACUACAAAGAGUGUAUUUGCAUACAUACCUGAAUGCUUCAACGGAAACUCAAAAAUAUGAGGAAUUUGACAAUGCCGUCUCUCUAACAGAAAAAGUUCUUCUGAAAUCUUUAAAAAGGGUAGUUAUCCGAGGAAAGCGGGGCAGAGGAGUUCCCGUUUUAUUCCACUCUGACAUACAAGACCAUAUUAAAAAAGUAUUAGAAGUUAGAGACCAUUUCGUCCCAAAAAAUAACCCAUAUCUUUUUGCUAUGGCGAAUUCUGACUCACAUUUAAUAGGUUAUAAAGUUCUACCCAAACACGCUAAAUUAUGUGGUGCACAAAACCCAUCAUCAAUCACUUCAACCCGAUUGCGCAAACAUCUUGCAACCUUAUCGCAAUUAUUCAACUUAUCGGAUGGAGAAAUAGAACAGUUGGCUACGUUCAUGGGGCAUACAAGUGGUGUUCACAAAAACUCCUAUCGAUUACCUGAUGAUGUUUAUCAAACGGCGAAGAUAUCCAAGCUUUUGAUGGUGAUGGAGAAAGGCGGAGCAGAUCACUAUAAAGGAAAAUCUAUAGAUGAAAUCGAUAUUGACAUGGAAGAAAAUCUUCUAGGCGACAAAGAGUGUGAUGAUAAUAGUGAUGAUGAUGAGGAUGAAAAUCCUAUUAUAGAUGAGCUACUAGACACUUCUAAGCCGUCUACUAGUAGAUGCCAAGAUAUUGCUUCAUCAAAUGAAAUUGAUGAAGAGUCUGCUACAAUGAUCAAAAAGAGAAAGAAUCGUAAGUUAGUACCCUGGACAGAUGAACAAAAAACAGUCACCCUGGACUAUUUUAAGGAACACAUCGAACUUAAAAAGCCUCCAAAAAGACUCGAAUGUGAGGACUUGAAGUCAAAAUAUAAGCAAGUAUUAAGUAACAAAGAUUGGUUGAAAAUCAAGGUAUUUAUCCAAAAUGUCUAUACUAAAAAGAAAAAGUAG